CUGAGGGUCAGACGGUAUAUUUUAACGCGGCCACACUGGACUCUACGUAGAAAAUAAAUUAAAAAACAAUUGAUUUCUACAUAAAAAUUCAUAGUGGUAAAAUGUUUUUUAACCCCAAAUGUUUCUAAAAUGUUAAAAACAUUGACUGUUGCGUUAGCGCGACAGCCAAGAACGACGUAAGUCAACAAACAUCUGAAGCGUGAGCAACGCUCCACAACAACAAAAGGGAGUUAAGUUAAUAACAAAAAGGCGAAAAAAGUACUUCGUCAAAAUUUGCAUACAAAAACGAGUUGAGUUGGUUAGGUAAUACACAGAGACGAGACCCCAUUGACUACGCACAACCACUGCUCAACAAUGAGUAAGCUGGAGACCGAUUCGGACAGUUCCGAGGAAUUUUUCGAUGCCGAAGACACUACGCCCAAUCGUCAUUCCACACUGUGUCGUAGAUUGCCGGCAGAGGUGGCUCAGGAGUUUAUAUUUCCAGAGCCUGCAGUGCGUGUCAAUGCGGCCGCCUCAUCGGAUAGCGAUGCGACUCCCAUUGGCGCUGGAACGCCUGCCACACGGAGUCCCACCAACAGUCUAGGUGCUCGUCUGAAGCAGCAAGAUAUAGCACCCGUAGUCUUCGCCGAGCCGAAGCCAGUGCAUGGAGCAUAUGGUAGACAACGCUUUCGCGAACUCCGUCAGUGCAUGCAAAACGAUGAAGAUGAUAAUCCAGGAAAUACACUCACACCUGACUCUCAGAAUAGCUCCACGGAUGGGAUUUUCACCAAUCGAUCUACGCAUCCGUUCAAGGUUAUCGAAACCGAUGCGAUGAGCAUACAGAGCAUGACAUCCUUGGGUCGCGUGGGACGCAUCUUGGCAGGCAGUAUAGACCCUUCGGCCAUCAGUAUUGAUCGAGAGUCCCUGGCCUCCCUGAAUGCCCAGCAGAAGCAUCAGCAACAGCAACAGGCACAGACGCAGACGCAACCCCAACAACCGACGCAGUCUUCGACCAUGUCCUCAGCAACGAGAACUGCAAGCACAUCCUCUGGCAUAGGGACGCCAGCUGUCUCGCCCAAGCAUCAGCAGCAAGAUGCUGCAGUUCCCAGUGCAUUAGGCACUGCUUCUAGGGUCCCCUCGAAUGCUUCAGUACCUGUGCAGGCAUCAGCUGCUGUUGGAAUCAUGUUGCAAGAGCCAGAUGUGAUAGCAAGCACAAAGCUUGCGCAGUCCAAGACAACAGAUUCUAUCACCUCAUGCGGGCCAGUGGCGCCACCGCGAAGGAAGAAAAAAUCGCGACACCUUUCAAGCAGUUCCUCGGAUCAGUUCAAUAUGUCCGACCGGCCGACCGACGCGGAAGACACCGACAGCGACACUCGUUCUGUAAGAAGCGUACGCGAUGCCCAACAGAAGCUGCGCGAUGACUUUGUCCUGGAGUUUGAGAGCUCGCUGAACGAUGCCAAUACCUCGGCAUCCAGCAACACAUUGACCUGCUCGUCCACCAACACAAUCGUAUCGGCCACGACCACGGCCACGCCCUCGUCUCUGGUGCAGAUGCCGUCGAUGAGUGCCAUGCAUAUACGUCCCAUGUUGGCCACGACGGCAAUUGCUGCCCUCUCCAAGCCUUCGCAUUCGCUGGGGAGCAGUUCCACCUCAGUUUACUCGAAGCCAAGUCCCUCAAACUCGGCCAAGAGCAACUCAGCGCCAGGACGCGUCAGCUCCAUCGAUCCGAAUCAGGGUCUCAAUCUAUUCAAGGCCAUUCAGGGGGGCUACGUAGUCAAGCCACGUGACGAGGCCAGCAACAAGGCCCAGGGUCCAUCCCAGGAUGAGAUUGAGCGAAUUGAGAAAAUGCUCAUGGAGAACGCAAAUCGUCCCAAGUUGGCGGGCACCGGCUCCAAUAGCUUGGGCAGUGCCACGCGAUAUCCAGCCUUGUAUCGCGUCACCAACGACAAGGAACGACGAAAGUCUGCUGGCGACGAAGAUGUGCUAAGGCAGAUGAACAUUUACGUGCGGACACGCACCAGCUCUGGCAAGCAGCUUACCGACUUUGAGAUACUCGAGCAAGUGCCUGUGAAGAACCUGGACACGGGAGAGAACAUGCCGCUCUCCGAGAUGCGUUCACCGCCAGUGCCUGAGGGCUGGAAUCCACUCUCGCUGCAUAUCCUAAAGCUGACGUCCCACCUGGAGGUGACCCAGAAAGAGUCCGAUGAGGAGAGUGUGAUUGGCAUACCGCCUAGUAUUGAAGGCCAACAGCCCGACGAGGAAGAGCUCGAAACGGACGACGGUAGUCGUCUGAAGAAGAAAACGGCACGCAUUAAGCGCUUCUUUGGCACCACAAUGCGCAAGACUGUGGACAAGGCCAAAUCGAUUGCAUCUGAAGUGUCGCAUGCGCGACACAAGGAGGAUGUCGCUGAUAUCGUGGACGCCAUGAAUCCCGAGCAGAAUAUCAAAAUCAAAGCGUCAUCGUCCAACAAGGGACCCUACGAAUUCACCAAACUCCAGCACGUGCAGGACUUAAGUGGCGAGGACACGAGCGCAGUGUGGUGCAUGAAGUUCAGCUCGUGCGGGCGCCUCUUGGCCACAGCGGGGCAGGAUAAGGUUCUGCGAAUUUGGGUGUUGAAAGAUGCCUAUCCAUUCUUUCAGGACAUGCGCAACAAAUACAAUGCCGAUCAAAAGUCAUCGCCCACGCCCUCACAGGAGUCUCUCGUUUCGCAGCACUCGGCCGAGGAGGCGAUUGCUAUGGCCACAGCCGCUGAGAAAUGCACAGGGCCCUUCAUGCCCAAGCCCUUCUGCACCUACAACGGGCACACCUCGGAUCUGCUGGAUGUUAGCUGGUCGAAGAACUACUUCAUCCUGUCUAGCAGCAUGGACAAGACGGUCCGCCUGUGGCACAUAUCCAGAAAGGAGUGCCUCUGCUGCUUUCAGCAUAUUGAUUUUGUCACAGCCAUUGCCUUCCAUCCGCGCGACGAUCGAUACUUUCUGAGCGGAAGCCUCGAUGGCAAGCUGAGACUGUGGAAUAUACCGGACAAGAAGGUGGCUCUGUGGAACGAGGUGGAUGGCCAGACAAAGCUCAUCACGGCAGCCAAUUUCUGUCAGAACGGUCAGUUUGCUGUGGUGGGCAGCUACGAUGGACGCUGCAUAUUCUACAACACGGACCAGCUUAAGUACCACACACAGAUCCAUGUGCGCUCUACCCGCGGCAAGAAUCGCAUUGGCCGCAAGAUCAGCGGCAUCGAGCCCAUGCCCGGAGAGGACAAAAUAUUGGUCACCUCCAAUGACAGCCGAGUGCGCCUUUACGAUUUGAGGGAUCUCAACUUGUCCUGCAAGUACAAGGGUUACUUGAAUGUGUCCUCGCAGAUCAAGGGGUCGUUCAGUCACGACGGGAAGUAUAUCAUUGCCGGAUCCGAGAAUCAAUGCAUUUACGUAUGGAAGACCAAUCACGACUACUCCAAGCUGAGCUCGGUUCGUCGCGAUCGCAGCGAUUUCUGGGAGGGCAUUAAAGCACAUAAUGCCACUGUCACCUGUGCCAUAUUCGCGCCACAUCCAGAGGCCAUCAUCAAACCAGAACCUGAUGAAAUUUCGAAUGAAAAGCUGGCUCACAAUGCACCUGAUCCACUUGUCGAACAGCAUAAAAAGGGAUGCGGCUACGUGCUGGUCAGCGCAGAUUUCAAUGGGGCAAUAAAGGUGUUCAUUAAUAAGACAAAGCCCAAGCACAGCAGUCUGCCCUACACGGCUAUAGCGGAUUAGAUAAUCGCAGGUCUAUUCUAUCGUAGAUGGAAGAAAAAACGGAAACGGAAACGAAAACGAGAAAGUAAAUGAUGUAAUUGAUUUGUGUUGUAUUUUUAUUUGUGAUUAUAUUUGUCAGUUUUUAUACCAUUCA